UGGUAUUUUUGACUUACAUAAGCUGGUAACACUCCUGCUUGCUGGAGAAGAAAAUUGUGAAUAAAAUCUGAGACCAAGGCAUAGGGAAUUAUGUCACAACGAAAUCACCGAGUGGACCGCUUCGCCCAGAUGACGAAGCAGGAGGAGAUCAUUGCCAAGAAGCGGCAGGAGAUCCUUGAGAAGCAGAAGACGGCGCAGCUGGCCAAGGCGGUGGCUGCGGCGCAGAACUUGGCGGCGCAACUGAAAACGGAGACGCCUGCGGGAAAACCGAUAGCCAAUGAGGAGGAGGAGGAAGAGGAUUCACACCAGCAGGACGUCGCUGCUCAAGACACAUCCCUAACUACCGGUGAGGAGGCCAAUGGCCUGGAGGUAGUCCACAUUGAGGUUGCUGCUGGCAAGGGAAAGUUAGAGGACGCAGUGGCCCCCAAGACUCUAAACAGCUUUACCGGAAAGACGGGCAAGAUCACAUUCGGCCAGAAGCGCCAGCAGCUGCCGCAGCCCAGUGUGGAACAGCCGCCCCCGAAAGUUAAGAACACUUUCUGCAACGAUGGUUCCUUCCUGGAGAACUUUAAGAAAAUUCUUGAAAAGCAUGAGAAGCCGCCCCAGCCCUUACUUGUUCCACCAGUUUCAGUGUCCAGCGCCGAGGAGAACAAUCUCCUGGAGACGGACACUGCCGAGAACGGCAGUCCUCAGCUGGAGGCGGCAAUCGCCAUUAGCUCGGCAGCCGCCAUGGCCACUUCUAUUACGGUGACUAGCUCAGCGCCAACUCACUUGGCUUUUGGACUGCCCGUACAGGCAGUUCAGCCGCCGCCACCACCGCCGUUCGCUUUCAAUCCCACGCUUUUGCAACAGGGUCCACCGCAGAUGCAGCUACCAGCAGCCUUCUUCCACGGCCACCUGCCCCUGCAUCUGCAUCCGGCGGCAGUUGCUCCUCCACCGCCGCCGCCGCCUCCGCAGCUGCCCAUCGCAUUGGCAAACAUGGGACAGAUUUACAUGCAACUGGGACCGUCUCCAGUGGAGGCCAUGCAGUUAAAUGCCAUACCGGCACCCAAGGAGUUUGACUUAAACGCCAUACCAAAGCCACAAAUAAACCUGGAGGCUAUACAGAUGCCCACUAUCGGCGGACAUUCAGCGGAGCAGCUGGGCCUGCUGCCGGAACACAUGGCAAUGUCCGUCAAUCCUCACCCACCGCCGCCGCCGCCACCUGUGCUGGAGGACCUCGAGCAGCAACAGCCACAUUUGCCACAGGUUGUACCUCCACAGCCGCCUCAGCCUACAGUUGCCCCGCCUCAAGUUUUUUCAGAAACGUGCAUACAAUUGCCAACGUGCUUAGAAAACCUAAUCGCACUGGUCGCGGAAAACGGUGAAGAUUAUGAAGAUAAAAUACGUUUGCAUAGAAGCGAGUUGCAUCCGGCCUUGUGGUUUCUUUAUGAUAAGAGCUGCGAGCAGUAUCGAAGCUAUCGCUCCCAACUCCUUGACUACGAGCGACAGCGUGCUGAGCGGCAACAGGAGCGGGAGCAUCAGCAGUUAAGCCGGGAUCAGCAGCCUCAGCUUAAGGAGCAGGAGCUCCAGCCGCACCAAGAGGAGCAGCACAGCAACUCGGCGGCCGACAAAUACGACCCGGAGUCGGCCAUCAGUGCGGAUUUCGACUCGGAUGAUGAGUACAUGCGGGGCAUGAUGGACCGCAACCGGGACAACAUCAAGCGCCGCAUCGAAUGCCGCAACGAGUUGAGCGACGAGGAAAGGCGUGAGCGGGAAGAGGCGGCCGCAGCCGGAGAAACAGUCGAUCCCGAUGAUCAAGAUGAGCAAGAGGACAAGGAGUCGCAAAGGCAGCGACGAAAGCGCGAGCGCAAAAGCCGCUGGGGCGAAAAAGAGCUGCAGUUGCCAUCCUCAAGCACCUCGGGGCACUUUGGAAACCAAAACAAGCCUAUGCUAAGCAGCAUAACGCGCACUGAUCCCGCACUGCUGCAGUAUGCUCGCCUCAACUACGGCUCCACUCAGCUGACCGAAGAACAGUGGAAGCAGUGCGAGGAGCACUACAAAGUCAACCUCCUGUAUCAGGACAUGAUGCGCAAGCGCCAGGAGAUCGAUCGCCUGGCUCGCGGCGGAAAGUUCAAGUACGAGUACGACUCCGACGAGGACAUUGAGGGCGGAACCUGGGAGCACAAGUUGCGGACAGCCGAAAUGGAAGCCACCUCUUUGUGGGCCAACGCCCUGACCAAGCAAAGUGAGGGAAAGCAUCACAUUGGCGACUUCCUGCCCCCCGAGGAGCUCAAAAAGUUCAUGGAGCAGUACGAGGCGAAGAAGAACAACCGCCAGCCGGACCUGAGCGACUACAAGGAGUACAAACUUAAAGAGGACAACAUUGGAUUCCAAAUGCUGCAGAAACUCGGCUGGAAGGAGGGUCAAGGCCUGGGUCAGGACGGAGCCGGAAUUGUGGAUCCUGUCAACAAGGCUCCGCAGCGCGAUGGAAACCAAGGACUUGGGGUAAGCAGUGCUGCCCAGCCAGAGGACUGCGACAAUGAAUACGACGCGUACCGGAAGCGCAUGAUGUUGGCAUAUCGCUUUCGUCCAAAUCCCUUGAACAAUCCUCGACGCGCAUACUACUAGUAAUACCUUUAUAGAUCAUUAUUACCCAGGAACCAUAUUAUACAGAUAUUCAACCACAAUUUUUGCUGAAUAAAAUGCCCUUGUUUAAAUUAAACAAUGAAAA